AAUGGGGCAAAGCAAAACCAAAACAAACGCGCGUGUCAAAAAUCGUGCGUAGGCGGGCUUGAUCGCGCUUUUGUUUCGUGACCCGAGCGCGUGGCAUCGUCUGCUACGAUGACCAUCACGGCGUCGGCACCGGGAAAAACCAUAAUUCAUGGCGAGCACGCUGUCGUCUACGGCAAGGCCGCAGUCGCGACGAGCGUCAACCUGCGGACCCGCGUUACAUGCUGCGACCACGAGUCGUACGUUGUCUUGGAGGCGCCGGACCUCGACUUCGUCGAAGCCUGGCCCGUCAGCAAGUUUGAAGCUUUUCCUGUUCCCGACGGAGGCUGCACAACCACUGUCAUCUCGUUCGGAGCCCUUGUGCCAAACAUUUGCAGUGCCUUCGAAGCCGACGCAAAAUCCUCCAAGCCUGGAGACCAGGCAAAGCUGGCCUUCCUCUUUUUGUUCACGGGCAUCACACUACGGCACAACGAUGGGCACUUUGGCCCGGUCAAGUUCACCAUCAAUUCGAGGCUGCCACUGGGAGCGGGUCUCGGAUCGUCGGCGUCCUACAGCACGGCCCUGGCGACGGCGCUGCUGGCGAAAUACGGAGCCGUGCAGCGCGCCCUGUCCAGCAAGGACCGCGAGCUCAUCUGCUCAUGGGCCUUUCAGGCAGAAUGCAUUCUGCAUGGUCAACCCUCGGGCAUCGACAACACCAUCUGCACCUACGGAGGUGCUGUUCUAUUUAAGGGCGGGAAAAUAAGUGAAUCUCUUGAGAGCAUUCCCAGCUACAAGGUGUUGCUGGUCAACACCCGAGUUCCCAGGAACACCAAGGCUCUGGUGGCAGGUGUCAAGAAGAGGCACGAUCAGUUUCCAGAUGUUAUAAAGCCGGUCCUGGAAUCCAUUGAAGCAAUAUCCGAAACCUUUUGGAAGCUCCUGAAGAUGGCACCCGAGGUGGCAGAGAACAUGUUCUCCAAAUCCUUGGAACUGGUGGAGAUGAACCAGUCCCUGCUGAACUGCCUUGGAGUUGGUCACCCACGACUGAACAGGAUCGCCGAGAUUGCCACCCUGCAUGGUCUUGCUGCAAAGCUGACGGGGGCGGGCGGCGGUGGCUGCGCCUUGCUCCUGUGUCGUGUUGGCUGUCAAAACAAUGUGGGUUCGAGUGGUGAAGCUGAAAUGCUCACAGUGUGCAAGCAGCUUGAAGAGGAAGGCUUCCUCUACUGGGAGGUGGACUUGGGUUGCCCCGGUGUCACGCUAGACUGACCUCGUGAGCCAAAAGGAGCUAAUUUCAGGCCAGAGCACACUUUACAGUGCAGCAUCGAUCAAAGGCCAAUGUGCUUUCAAAGCUUUAUUUAGUAACGCAACACAUGUCUACACUCCUGUCCCGAAUGCUUGUGUACACAGUACAAUGCACGGCGCUGCGCAUACAUUGGUACGGCAUACUGUAUGUAUGCUCUCUGUGUAGCUUAGGUUUUCCUCGGAAGGACCUGCAUAAUCCUGGGAGCCAUUACAUGAGGGAACCUUGCGUAUGGGACCAAAAAUAUCAUAGCGCAGUGGCUUCCAUAUCCAUCUUGAAACAGGACAGCCCUGAGGACGUGGAUGUAUAGAAGGCACAAAAAAAAAAAAAAAAAAAGACAAGGCAUAGCCUUUUUUGUUGCCCCCACAUCUGUCCCUUCAGCACUGACAUGAUUCAUGAUGAGCUUGUUCAUGCUUCCAUGUUAAUCCCCAUGUCCAAAACACUAAUCUAACUAGCCACGCAUGAUGUGGCUUCGCUGCCGCUUCACGACAAAGAAAAAGUCACGGUGAGCGCAGCAGAUGGACACCUGUCUUAGUGCUAAGCCAACUAAUGCGUAAAACGUAAUUUUGUUGACGGAACUGCGGGCAGUUCGAAAUACUCAUCUCUCAGCCUACACAGUCAUUUUGAUUUUACUGUCUGAAUCACAGCGCACAUGAUACCAACCAUGCUUAACUGAACACACAAAAAAAAGCUAUACUCGCACUGUACUUCUGCAGAUGUGACAUUGCAGUGCUAACACAUUGCAGGAAAAAGUAGUUUGACAAAAGCAGCUAUGCACUGAUCCAUGCACAUUUUAAGGUGGACAAUUUUGACGGAUGUCAUUGGCGACACCAGUUUGAGACAAAGGAAGUUCCACGUAUCUUUCAAAUGCGCCUUUGAACUUGGCCACCAUGCCUAUGCUAGUUCAUGUGUGACAUAUGCAUGGAUGGAUGGACGUAUGACGUACGCAUUUUGCUUGUGCAGACUACAGUACCAACACCUUGUAACCCUUAUACUGUGCAUUUAUUUAAAGCAUUUACACACUAAAUAAAUAAAGUUCACUUCAU